GGCGCUUCCCCCGCUUUGGCCCCAGACCAGCGGGGUUAAGGCCGCGUUUAACCGCAGGGCCCGGGAGUUCAGCUCAGCCCGGCCCGGGGGUCCCGCAAUACGUGGCCGAGGAGGGUCGCAGGGAGGCCCAGGGGGUGCCCAGAGGGGUCCCAAAGGGGAUCCAGGUGAAUUCCCAGGAAUUCCCCCGUCCCCGCCCCCCCCGCGCUCCCUCGGUCACUUCCGCCUCACAACCUCCGCCACCGGGAUCUGCUUGGCGACCGGUGACGUCCCGAGCAGAUCUAGCUGCCAUUGGCGAUCAGGAGAUAGCGGCGCCAAUCGCGGGGCCGAAAGCGGCUCUGUGGGCGGGCCCGGGUUGUGGGCGGGGCCAGCGGAGCAGCGCCAUGGCUCCGGCGCUGGGGCUGGGGGCGCUCCUGGGGGUCCUGGGGCUCCUGAGGUCCCCGGCGGGGGCGACGGAGGUUGUGCACUCCCUGCGUUACCUGCGCGUGGCGGUGUCAGAACCGGGCCCGGGGCUGCCCCGGUACGUGGCCGUGGCGUCCGUGGACGGGACCCCCUUCGUGCGCUACGACAGUGAGCGGGGCCGGCUGGAGCCGCAGACUCUGUGGAUGGCGGCCGGAGCCGAGCCGGGAUAUUGGGACACCGAGACCCAGAUCAAUGGGAGGUACCGGCAAAAGGACCCCGACCACCUGAGGAUGCUGCAGGGCCGGUACAACCAGAGCGGGGGUCUCCACACGCUGCAGCGGGAUUGCGGCUGUGAGCUCCUGUCCGACGGGAGCGUCCGUGGAUCCUUUCGGGAAGGCUAUGACGGGCGGGAUUUCCUUUCCUUCGAGUUGGGAUCCGGGAGCUUCGUGGCAGCCGACAGCGCUGCCCAGAUCAUCAAGAGGCACUGGGACUCUGAUGGGAUCACAGUGGACAGGUUGACAAAUUUCCUGGAGCACACCUGCCUGGAAGUGCUCCAGAAACAUGUCCAGUAUGGGCAGGAGGUGCUGGAGAAAAAAGAGCCUCCUGAUGUCCACGUGUCUGGAAAAGUGGAACACGGGAUCCUGACAUUGUCCUGCCGCGCGUACGGAUUCUACCCCGGGGUCAUCGAGAUCAACUGGCUGAAGGGGGAUGAAAUCUGGGAUCAGGAGACGGAGUGGGGCGGGAUCGUUCCCAACAGCGACGGCACCUUCCACAGCUGGGCCAGGAUCGAGGCGCUGCCGGGGGAGUGGGAGCAGUACCGGUGCCGGGUGGAGCACGCCGGAAUGCCGGAGCCCGGGAUCUUUGCCUGGGUCUCUGACACCCUCCCCCUUCUCACCAUCCCACGCCUUCCAGAGCCGGAAUCCAGCUGGAAUCUCAUCCUGUUGGUGGUCACGGUGUCCGUCAUUGCUGCCAUCAUCAUCAUCAUCAGCCUCAUCCACAUGAGAUUUGGCAUCCGGAAGCUCCAAUCCGGGAAGAGGGAGAGGAAGAGAUAUGUUGUGGCCAAUGGAACAGACAUGGGAACUGACUGCUCUCUCACAGGAAUGGAGCAGGAUCCAUGUGGUAUUCCAGAGGGAAAUUGGGGCAGGAUAGAUGGAGCAGGAUUGAGACAGGAUUCCAGAUCAGGGCAGGAUUCCACAGUGGGAUCAAGUGGAAUUCUGGGGUGGGAUCAGGGCUGAAUUCUGAAGCAGGAUCAGCUGGGAUGGAUGGAGUGGGAUUGGGGUGGGAUUUCAGAGCAGAAUUGGGGUGGGAUGGAUGGAGUGGAGUCAGAUGGGAUGGGUGGAGCAGGAUGGGGUAGGAUUCUGGUGCAGUUCCUCCUCUGCAUGGGCUCCACAGCUGGAUCCAGUCCUGUGGGAUGGGCACAGGGAUAUGGUGACUCUGUCCCCCACUCUUGUCCCAGCAGACAACAGGAACAGCUGUUCCUGUUGUCACUCUGGUUCUCCAGGGGUAUUUCUCUUUCAUCCCCCCCAAGGGAUCCCUCAGGAAAAGAACCUGUUGCAGUGGCUCCACGUGUCGUGACAUGGACUCCGACAGAACCGUGUGCAGGAAGUGCCGGGAGUGGACUUUUAUUGAAGAAAAAGAGAAAUUUAAUUUAAUGGAAAUAUAUAUACACAUGUAAAGAAACCUUUGUAAAUAUUUUCCCCUUCCCCCAACACUAAAUAGUUGUGUUUUGUCUGAAAACUCUCCACAUGAGGUGAGAAAGAUAUCAAGUCCAUGCUGUUGCCCGUAAUCCAAAAAAAAACACAAACCAACAGAGUGCCGGUUUAUGCGGUGCUUUAUUCGGGGCCCCGGGAACCUGCGGGCUAACGCCCCAAGUCAGGAUUCCAAAGACCCUCAUUCUCAGUUCAGCUUUUAUACUCAAACAAGUUUACAUGCAGUUUCCACGGCAAAACGGUUACAGUUUCCACAGCAAACCAGGUGCAGUUACAGUUUCCACAGCAAACCAGGUGCAGUUACAAACAAGCUCAUACUUCAUACUGAUAACAAUUAAUAAUCAUCUACUCUAAUCAUAAAUCUGCUUAAGCUGUCUUAUCCCUAGAAACUGUUUAACAGACCUUUACCACAUCCUAGGUAACAAAUCGUUAUAUACAUGCUUGACUGGAUCCUUUGAUUAUAGUUUCCACUUCACACAAACAAAGUUGCUACUUUAGAGUGUUGCUUUCUAGGCCUACUCUUUUACUAAGCCUUAGCCAUUCUACUACUAAUUUAAUUCGCUUUGUAACAAUGCCAUCACUAAACCCUCUCACAGGAGCAAAUUGUGGUAGGGGGGCUUGAACUUAGAAAUUGGAUUCUUGGGAGUUUCAAACCACCGCAGGGGGGGACACAGAGGCUGGGGAGUCUGGCAGGACACUCUUCCUGGAUAGAGCCUAAAAUCUGGUCAGAGAAUGCAAACAACUCAAGCUGGCUGUGCUGAGCUCCCACUGGUGCCAAGGGGCUGCUUUUAGUGUUGGGUUGUGCUAAAACCAGCCUGGUUUGCCCACUGCAAACACAUACCCUGCUUUUGGAAGCAGCAUUUGACUGAUAAGCUGCUGGCUGGCCUGGAGAAAUGGGACUGGCAGUCAAACUCUUUAUUACUGUAAAAGCCCAGUCCAACUUUCAUGUGGCAGAUUCUUCCAGACUUUCCUGGAGUGUGUAGAGCUUGUCCCGUGGAGCAGGGAGGCCUCUUCAUGUUUACUGAGGGGUUGAGUUGUGGAGGAUCACAAAUCUGAUUGGGAACGGUUCAAGGCCUGGAGGGACAUGUAUGGGGCCUGAAGACUAUUAAUUCACGGACUGACUUGUUAUCCCCCAGUUUAUUACCAGUUUUAUACCAAGUUCAAUGUGCUCCCAUGUUAAUUCCCCUUGAUUUAUACUGUUCAGGGCUUGCCUGGACUUGCCCUCACGUUUUUCCCGCCAAAAGUUGUUUACUGCCUUGUUCUCCCCUGGUUUUCCCGCUCAUCUCUCACUGAUUGGCUGAUGGAUGCUGCAGUGCAGAGUGAGCUCCCAUUGGUCCUUUCCCCUGGAUACUCCAGAGUUCCACCCAUCUUUCUGCUAUUCCCCAAUGCCAUUCUGCCCUGAGUUGUCAAUCCCAUGCUCCGCCCCAGUUGUGGAACCUCCCCUUACCCAUACGCUAUAUAAGUCUCUGUUUCCCCCAAUAAAGUGGCAUUGCGCCCCUGACCUUCAA